GCGUUGCCGCGCAGUCAUGGCGGUGCCGAACGGGGCCGGGGCCGCGGCCGGGACGGGCCCGGGGCUGGCGGGGCCCGGGGGAGGCGGAGGGGGAGGCCUGAGAGCCGCGGCCGGGCUCUACGAGCAGCUCAAGGGAGAGUGGGGAAGGAAAAGUCCCAACCUGGCCAAGUGCGGGGAGGCGCUGGGCAGGCUCAAGGUGGCUCUGCUGGAUCUGAAUUUCCUGCCAACUUCUGGUUCUUCCAUGACCAAACAGCAGCUGCUGCUGGCUCGUGAUAUUUUGGAGAUUGGAGCCCAGUGGAGCAUCCUGAGGAAGGACAUUCCCUCCUUUGAGCGCUACAUGGCCCAGCUCAAGUGUUAUUAUUUCGAUUACAAGGAGGAGCUGCCCGAGUCAGCCUCUCGGCACCAGCUGCUGGGGCUGAAUUUGCUGUUCCUGCUGUCCCAGAACCGCGUGGCCGAGUUCCACACGGAGCUGGAGCGGCUGCCGGCCCCCGACAUCCAGGGCAACCUGUUCAUCAGGCACCCCGUGUCCCUGGAGCAGUACCUGAUGGAAGGCAGCUACAACAAAGUGUUCCUGGCCAAGGGCAACAUCCCAGCUGAGAGUUACACCUUCUUCAUCGACAUCCUGCUGGACACCAUCAGGGACGAGAUCGCGGGCUGCAUCGAGGCCGCGUACGAGCGGAUCCUGUUCCCCGAGGCCGCGCGGAUCCUGUUCUUCAGCUCGCCCAGGAAGAUGAGCGAGUACGCCAAGAAGCGGGGUUGGGUUCUAGGCCCUUCCAACUAUUACAGUUUUGGGGGGAGGCAGCAGAAGGCCGAGGAUCCCCCGAUCCCCUCGACAGAAUUGGCCACGCAGGUGAUCGAGUACGCCCGGCAGCUGGAAAUGAUCGUCUGAGCUCCCAAAAAAUCUCAAUUUUGCCAAUAUUUCCCUUCCUCCCCUCUUUACUCACCUUUUUUUCCGGGUUUUGGAACGUUUAAAGUGGUUUUUUUCGGGUUUUUUGGUGAGGCGGGUCGGGCCUCCCCUCACGCAUCGAACCCCCCCCCGCAACCUCGAUUUAAUUUUAUUUCUUUUAUUGCGUUUUUUUGGGGGGGUUUUCAAAGGUUUUAAGUGGUUUUUUGAGGGGUAGUGAUGUAUUUAAAAGUGGUUUUGUGGGGUUUGAAAGACCCGAAAUCCUCAUUUAUUCCCGUUUUCCUUUCUAUGUUGUUGUGCUUUUGGGGGGGCCCCCCAAAACCCCCUCAGACCUCCCCAAAUUCCUGUUUUAACUCCCAUUUCCCCACAUUUUUGGGAGAUUCAAUAAUUUAAAAAAUUCAAUUCCCCAAUAUGUGUGGGGAUUUGGAGACCCCCCCACCUCUUUUUCGGGCAGUAUUGAGGGGGCUGAGCCCCCUCCUCAAAAAAAUGGACCCCAAAAUGUUGUUUCAAUAAAGUGCUGGAGCCGGA